AUGGGUAUCCCCCAGAAAGAUCUCGACCAAAUCGCAGCAGAUCUUCGCUCCCCCAAGCAUCUCGAGCAACACAAGAGCACGAAGGCAGCGGAGGAUCUUCCGGGCCUUGGGCAGUUUUACUGUAUCGAAUGUGCAAAAUGGUUCGAGAGCGAGUAUAGUCUGGUUGGCCACCGGAAAGGCAGCACGCACAAGAGAAGAGUCAAAGCGUUGAAGGAUGAACCCUAUACACAGAAGGAAGCCGAGGCAGCGAUUGGGUUGAGGACGGAUAAUGGGCCUCGACAGGCGGCCAAGGACACUACAGAGGAUGUGGAAGUGGAGAUGAAUGAUGGAGUGGCAACUUGA